UUUGUGGUUUGCGAAAGGUUUCUCGGAAAACAAGACGAAGUUGCUGAAGAAGAGAUACCCCAGCGUGUUGAGGCAACUCUCACCCUGACGAGCUGUGACUUGCCUUAAAAGUGAAAUGAACAGCGAUGAUCCGCAUGAGACCGCAGAUAUCCUCAAUCUUUUCGGAUCCGACGCGUACAAUGAAGUUAAAUUCCCCAAUUAUGAACCCGUGUACCACCCUGACUUGGCGAACGAUCCUCACCCGCGACCCCCGGGGGACGAGCUCGACCAACCCGGCAGCAACGAAUGCAUAGACCUUGCUGUCCGAAACGAGACGUAUCAAACAGUGACCCACGACCCGGGCUUGUCGCACAGCCCGAACUUGACCAACUUGACCUUCGGGGUGUCGUCCACGGUGUUUAGCGACGACAUGAUUUCCCGGAAUUACCAGCAAAGCGGGAUGUAUCCUCAACCUCUGGACGCCUUCGACACUCACUCUAGUCCGUAUGAGAGCGCGGGUGCCCAGGGCUUGGCAAUCGGCGCGGAGGAUUUCGAAUGUCAAGAAAGCUUAUUUCCUCCUUUUCAAUUCAUGAGCGGGGUACAGGGAGACGUUCUGGACCAGCACCCAGGAUGCCCCGCAGAGCAUUUCCUUCCACCUCUGAGGGAAACUUUGAAUCAUUCCCAGCCUGGUCCAGAUUCUUCCGUUUUCUCUACUUCGCUCGGCUUAAACAGACACGGCCCGAUCGAAGUGAUUCUACCGCCGUCCGAGUGUUGGAAUAACCCGGACGCUGACGCAAGCAACGUGCAAUGGUCCGUGAACCACAUGAUGAACUUGGACCAUACUUCCUUCCCUGGCCUGGACUUGCCCUCAACUACUUCCGGCCUCAGGCCGGAAACUGCCGUUCACUGCGGAUCCGCACCGAAUGAAUCGCAGAGUAGUGGAAAAUCUCAACGUAGGCCUGUGCUGAUGGUCAAAGGGGCGAUGCGAACGCCCAAUCCGAGUGGAGACAGGCAAGAGUCCCCGCAAAAGCCAGUGAAGGAUCAUGGAAAACGUGCUCAUAAAGCGCGUCAGAAAACCAAAAGCCAACAACAGGAAGAAGAGAGGGAAAGAAUCAACCUUGAAGCACUCACGGAAGACAUGUUGAGGGACUGGAAAGUUCAAGAUUUGAACAGGCAGCUGAAAGGAAUGCCGAAAGAGCUCCGCAACAAGUUCAAAAAAGACCGACGAACCCUGAAAAACCGCAUUUACGCUCACAAUUCCAGACACAAGAAGAAUUCGGAACUCAAGGAAUGUAAAGAAGAGCUCAACCGCAUCAAAGCCUCGAAUCAUCAAUUGCAAUGCGAAAACGACUUCGUGGUGAAUAAAUCCAAUCGGUAUCAGGCUGCGAUGCAUAAAAUUUUCGAGGCCUGGAGAAGCCUCCGGCAGGCUGUCAAUAAUCCCGAUAGAAACCAUACCGAGUUCGACAAUGUCAUUUCCGAAAUUCAGGAGGAAAUCCAUAAUUAUUCCACUUUCGCUCGAGAGGCGAUUUACCACCAUUUGCCUCCAGAUCACCCGAGUAACCAAGACGACGAGAGCACGUCGCAGUCCUCGCUGAUGCCUGACGGGAAUUUCGACGACGACGUCGAGGACCCAACGACGGCCUUGGCGCAGAUUGUGACAGAAGCUUGCCGCGAGGCUAGUGUACGGAACGGACGGUUUCUGAAAAACUUUUGAAUUAUUUCGGGGCAUUCACUCGUUUUAUUUAUGCUGGGCUCUUGAUCGCGAGAUUUAUUUUGCUGGGAAAAUGGCUGAAUAUACGCAUAUGCGAGUACUUCUGA